CACACCCUUCACACAUUCUCCUUGAUCCGUGCCUCGAGUUGUUAUGUUUGCGCGACAAAUCACGAACGUUAUUGAUACAACGCUAAAUUAAUUAAUUGCAAAUACAUUAAUGACAAUAUCGGCGUAUUAUGGAUGUGGAUCUUCUGAGACCGGGCACCGUGCCAAUCUCGCCUGACACGAUACUGUGGUUUGAGUUUUUAUUGAAUCCCUCGUUGCUCCAGAAACACCUGUCAAAACCUUUCCCGGAUCCAUCGCCGACGGACCUGAUAAUAAAAUUUAUGACGAUUAAUAAUGAUCAAAAAGAGACCGAGCCGAAAGCGAUUGAUGCGGAGUCUACCGACGUAAAACCCAACGGCACAAACAAAUGGUCACACAGAAACUUGGCGUUGAAGAUACUUUCUCUGAAAGUAGCGGCUUACCUUAAAUGGGACUUGGACGUGCUAGAGAAGAAGCUACCUCUGCCGAUACAGUUGACGUUGCUGCAAGAUCUAUUUUACAUCGCCGCAGAUGUCGUGUUGGAAAUUCCUACAAUUCCGGAAUUCUUCAUGGAAACAGCUUCCGAUCAGCUCCUGUUCACUCUGGUUUUAUAUCACAGGUGGCAUCUAAGAGCGAUUAUUUGUAGGGCGCUCAGCAAUAAACAGCCAAAACAACAGUUACUUCACAUACCCGGUACUCAGGAAUCGACGUACGUACCACCGGGUAUAGUGGAUGAUAUUAUUAGGAAAUUAGAAGCGCACAUACCAAGCAGUGUAAAUGCCCUCAACAGUAUUUUACAAAUGUCCGACAUAAAGCCAAAGGUUCUGUCUUUCGAUACUUUCCAAAUACCGACCGAAGACAGUACGGAGAUCAAGCAGAAUUGGGAAAAUAUGUACCUGGUGAACAUAGACGAGUUGAAAUGCCAGAUACAUUACGAUCUCGCCAUGUUUCACUUGCUGAGGGAGGAGUAUCAAGACGCCAAACAGCACAUUAAACAAGCGAAAGAGCUGUACAGUAAUUUUAAUGCGGCAGAAAAAUUGACGUAUUGUAAGAUGCAAAAGGAGUUCUUGGACGGCUGUUGUUUGGCGUGCGAGGUGCCGCUGGAGGAAGUCACGCCUAGUCUUACGCAACGUUUGCACACCUCUAUCAAAGAUCAAUACACUAAUAUAUUGCAGAUUUUGCAAGCAGACAAUGUUUUCAGGGAGAUACCACAGGUUUAUAGAGAUAAUUUGGAGCUGGAUGUGCAAGGUGGGUUGGUUAACAGGAAAUUCGUGGUCGCCCGGGAUCUUCUGCUGCAAAUAGAGUGCUUGAAUCUGGUUAGAAAGAUCCUCGACGACAGUAUAAUCUUGGGUGAUUAUGUAACUGAAAUUAAGGCAGCUGGUAUGAAAGGCCUGGAAGUUUUGUUCUGGGCUUUAGAUAACGUCUUGGAAAAAGCAACGACUACGGAUAAAAAACGAAUUUCACGUUACCUUCUUUAUCUUAUAAACACUGCUAAUAUAGAAGGGCUUGCUUCAAAGGUAUUCAACAAUCCUUCUUACACAUCGUUAUUCGAUGAAGCGGAACUCAGUACUCUUCAAGAAGCGGCCACUUCUGGCGAGAUAGAAUUACCAAACUUGUUGCUGCAUAACGAUUGGGGUAUCCCAUCCGUACCAUAUAUACAAAACUCUAGGAUCGAAGUGUUCGAAUUGGAACAGAAGCUGAUAGAGUCGUACAAUCCUCAUGUAAUCCGUGAAACGUUGAUCCAUCUGGACGGAAAACAUCGAAUGAAACCGUUGUAUCAUGUAAAUGGCUGUUGGGAGUUGCCCAUUCCAUUGCAAAGCGUGGUGAUGUCGCUCCCCAGGGGAUUUAUCCAGGAUUAUUCGUACGUCCUGCUCGCGAAGAGUCGAGAAUUGGUGACUUCCAAAAACUUCGACGGUGCCAUCGAACUGCUCAAGAUAUUGGAUAAGGAGUUACAGGAACAUGGGAAGAGCGGAGGAUCGUUAAUCUUCAAGCUGUGCAAAUUAGUGAACUGGGAAUGCCUGCUCGUUGAGAUAUGGAACUGUUUCCAGGCUUGGCCGGUGACAAACAACUGCGAUGUGCAGAGUAUGGUUGUACGCAGUAAACAGUGCCUUGGUGUGUUACAAGCAUCCGAUCAGCUGAUUCCGCGACAAGAAAUAAUAGAAUACUGUACGGUCUUCCUCCUAAAUAUGGCUGAAUGGGAUUAUCUCACUAGCUUAGAGAAACGCUGGAAUUGCACUGAAUUUGCUGCUGCCAUUAGCAGCGUUUGCCAGGACAUCGUCAAGUACAAAGGGACCCGCAAAUUUCCGCGAGACGCAUGGGAUAUGAUUUUAGCAGCAUUCGGCCCCGUCAGGGAUCAGUCACAAAAACGCAGCAGUAGCGGCAGCAACAGCGGUGGUUCUGGCGCGUCAAGAGACGUUGCCACUAGUAUCGCCCAUACGCUUACUCGACUACGGGAACCGAUGGUCCUCACUGUGGUGAUAUCGUUAUUGGCUCGUUUGCGCAAUGUCUUGCGCGACGAGUCCAGUUUGGAAUUACACACGCAGUAUCUAUCCCUUUGGCCCGCCGGAGUGCCAAAUGCAAAUUCGUAUAACAUCAGACACAUUGGAGAACUGUUGUUCCAGCUGUUGACGCAAGCGUUAAAAUAUUAUCCCUGCAAUGUGCCGUGGCUCAGGCUAAUGGGUGACCUCAAUUUUGUUCUAGCAUAUUACGAGAGUGCAAUGAGAUACUAUUUGGAGGCAAUUAUGAUAGCCAGCGAUUUGUUCAGUCAGCCCACACCACGCACGCAGAUAGACGAUCUAGUUUACAGAAGGAUGAUCAAGUGUUGCGCUCACUUGCAGUGCUACACUCAGGCGGCUGUGCUGUGUCAAUUUUUGGAGGAGGUGGAUUAUUCCCUCGCGUUUAAAAUGGCAUCCAGCGAUCAAAAGAGCUGCGCCGCGGCUGAUGCUAUGGACGCGUAUUAUCAUUGCAUUUGGGACUCGACGAUACUCGAGUAUCUCAUACAAUUGCACACGAAGCGCGGGGAGCAUCACAGAAAGCAACUCGCGAUCAAAGUCAUCGGUUUGCUGGAAUUGAACUCCAACAACAACGAAGAGAUCCAAAGAGAAGCGGCCAAUAUUCGCAAAGCUAAAUUUUUGAGGGCGUUGGCAAAACAGUACGUUUAUUAAAAGGACUGCUUGGGAUUUGAAAAUAUAUGUACGCAUAAUAUCGGAUGUAAUUAUAUGCUGCAAUACGUGCGUCCUUAUGCAUUGCGUGUUUUUUUACGUGUAAAUGUAUGCUACGUCAUGAAACAAUGUGUAAAAUAAAUACGUUGGAUCGAUGCAUUA